AUGGUUCUAGAAAUUUCUCCCAGUAUUCUCCAUUUUCUCCUUCUCGGUUUACAGCUCUCUAUUUCAGUUUGUUCUCCGAUCACCUCUCAGAGAGAUGGUGGCCUCGAGGAGCUUGGGAACUUACAAGAGCGACAAAGCGGAAAUAGCUUUUUCUCGGUUCUCGGAAUUGGGGGACUUGGAGAUGGUUCAACACAUCCGCGUUUAGAGAUUCGUGAACUAGAGCAAAAUGCUGACCAGUGGAAUGUGUACCUUCUUGGGCUACGCCGAUUCCAGAAUAUGAGUCAAUCCGACAAGUUAUCGUACUAUCAAAUCGCGGGAAUUCAUGGGCGGCCAUACAUCGCAUGGGAUGGCGUCCAGCAGGUGGCUGGCGGUUUUGGUGGCUACUGUAUCCAUGGCUCGAACAUUUUCCCCACCUGGCACAGGCCAUAUCUUGCAUUAUUUGAGGAGAUAUUGUACCUAAACGCUCGUCAAGUUGUCUCAGAAUUCCCUAGUGGACCAAUCAAGGACCGAUUUACGAAUGCCCUUUCGACUCUCAGAAUGCCUUAUUGGGACUGGGCAGCAGUUCCCCCUUCAGACCAAGGCACCUUACCGUUCAGCUUACGGAGACCUACAGUAGAGGUUACGCUUCCGAGUGGCACAGCUACAAUUCCGAACCCACUGUUCUCGUAUACGUUCCAUCCUUUGAAUAAGAAUGAUAUGGGCGGUUCAGGUAAUUUCGCCACCUGGCCAUCUACAAUCCGCAAUCCUAGCUCAAAUGACGUGAAUGCGGCAAGUCGGAUCGAUUUGGUAGCCAACCAGAUGGAUUCAGCUCGACCUAAUCUACAAUCUCGAGUCUUCAAUAUCCUCUCAAUGCAUCAUGACUACGGCAGUAUCAGCAAUGACGGUUCUCCAGGCGAUAGCUUGGAAUCAGUUCACGAUGCGAUACACAACACCGUAGGUUCGGGCGGGCAUAUGGGUGAAGUACCAUUUUCGGCAUUUGAUCCAAUCUUCUGGCUUCACCAUACUAACAUUGACCGCAUGCUAGCGAUAUGGCAAGCGCUUAAUCCUGAUAGCUAUGUCACGCCGAUGGCACAACCUUACUCCACAUUCUCAAGUCCGCCACAGGUUGUCAAAGACGUGAAUUCACCAUUGCAGCCCUUCCAUCGAAAUGACAUGGGGGAUUUCUGGACGUCGGAGACCACUCGCUCAACUAUAGCAUUCGGUUACACCUAUACAGAACUCGUCGGACUAAACGGAAACGACACACCAGGCCUCAUCAAUAGGAUCAACACCCUCUACGGUCCUAACGCUACUCCCCAGAAGCGUACAAUUUUACUAACCGAUGGUGAGCUGGUGGAACGGUCCACUUUGAAGUCUCGAGGCAUUGCAGGAGCCGCCAGCUUUUCAUUAGGACGACAGUACACUGCGAAUAUCAAAGUUCGCAAGUUCGGCCUUGACGGAUCGUUCAACGUGUAUGUAUUCUUGGGUGAGAAACCGGGUUCUGAUCCUAGAAAGUGGAUUAGUGAAUCGUCGUUCGUUGGAAUGAGUGGUAUCUUUGCGGCCGCAAAUCCGGAUUCUAGGAAACUAAAGAUCGAGGCAAAUGGCGUUGUGCCGCUUACUCCCAUUCUAGAAACAAAAGUGGGGACUUCCCAGCUUCAGAGCUUGAAGGAAGGUGUUGUGGGGAAGUAUUUGAAAAAUAACCUGCGAUGGAGGAUCUCGACUCUUGACGGCAAAGAAAUAUUGGUAGAGAAUGCACCUGGUUUUCAGCUUUCAAUUCUGUGGUCAGAAGUUGAGCCUGCGAAAUCGGCGUCCGAGUUUCCGAAAGUGGUGGGGGAUUGUCACAUCCUGAUGGAAGCGACGGAUGGACGGCCGGGAGGGUUUCAAAGAGGCGAUACGCUUUAG